UGACGGCCGUCGCCGUCACCGUGCCGUCAAGGUCAAACUUUCUGACAGUUGACGGCCGUCCUCCAUAUGGCCGUACACCGUAUACGGUACAGCGCAAAAUCCUAGAGCUUUGUCGCAGAGUUGGUGGCUCUGUUGCCCUCCAAAAUUGUUAUAAGAAUCCAAUGGGAGGAAAGGCCGACGUGCAAUGAUGAUUUCACCACUCGUCUUUACGUUGUCUCUUGUCGCUGCAGUGCUCAGUGCGAGCCCAGCUCCUCCCUCGUGUUUCCCUGCUAUUGGGUUCAAGAUGCCAAGGAACAUACCUGCUUCUAGAGAUAAUCGGUGGUGUCCAUACUCGGAUGAGUACGGGUUCGUAGGCUUCAGCUACGAAGUCACAGCGUGUCAGAGCCUCCAGCAACUCAAAAGAGAAUUUAAAGACAUACGACAGACAUUCAACAGUCGAUACAUUCAUCUGUACGGGACUUUCCAACUUAGGCUAUACACAUGGCGACGCCAUUCUCACAGCAACAUGGGAAGCCAAUAUCGGGGUCCAUACUCUCAUCUGGUUCGGCUUCGAUGGCUCUGAUAUGUGGAUGACACGACGUGACUCAUUCCUGGUGACUCUUCAUGUAAACCCAAAGGUGCCCUUCAUCACUCGUGCUGUUCAAUUUGGCUCCGAGCCUCUCUUUGACUAACGUGCUGGGUCCGAAUAC